AUGGACGUCGCCAUGGACGAAGCUGCCAAUGUCGAUAGGACUGAACCGGCAUCGUCCUUGGAAGAUGUGGCCAUGGAUGUGAUUCGGGUGCUCAUGGACGAGCACAGCGGAAGCCACGCGUUGCAAGAUGCCUUGGAUGUGCUGCAGAGAUUACCAUUCAUCGUUCGCCAUGUGGUGGAUGCAUGGCGCACGUCGCCGUGCCCAUCGCGAAAUGGUGCGAAGAUUCUGCUUCAAGUGGCACAAGACGAACUCUUCCAGGAUGUGGCCGACUCGUUGGACGUGGCGCAUGUGAUCCCAUUCCUCCGGGGGUCCGAGUUGCCCCAUGGGACCAAAAUCGCGCUUGUCACGGCGCUCGCGUGUCGCCAGCCAGUGCAGGAAUGGUUCGACGAAGCGUAUGGGAUUCUUCAAGCCGAUUUCCCCAUGCAUCCAUCGACCCUCAUGCAGAUGACCACGCUAAGUCGAUGCCUCGAAAUGCACAAGCACCCCAUGUCCACCACCCACGACACGCGACUCGGGCACCUCGUGCAGACAGCGGCAUCAUCAUCAUUGUCCACUUCCAGUGCAGCCGCAUGGUCGCCUGCUAUUCCCGCGUCCGCCUUGUCCGCUUCAUUGGCCAUCCUAGCCCGAUGGGAGAAGCUCCAUGCCGUGGUGUGGAGGUUGUGUGUGUCUAAACCAUUCCAAAUCCUGACCGCGAGCUCGGUCGUCUUCUUUAGCGACGUCAUUUCGCUGUUGUGGGACGCCGCUGGCUCGUUGUCCCUCGUGCCCGACAUCGCGUCCAUCAGCCGCCGCAUGGUCGUGGAGGUCGCGGCGGUCGCCGCCUUCUCGCCGCUCGCGUGCGCCCAGGCCAUUCACGCUGCAUGUGUCGCUCCUUCUCGACCCUCAAAGUCCACUCGGCUGAGUUUGCAUCGCUGUCGUCCUGCCACGUGGAUCCUCGAUGUCGUGCGCGACUGCUUCCACCUAGCUCCUCCUCAGGAAGACAACGUGAUGGCGUGGAUGGGCCUUGUCGCAGAUAUCUCCAUGCUCUUGUUCCCAACAGACCACACGUUGACAGCCGCUCGAUCUCUGUGGGAUGUGUGUUUGGUUGAAUGCAGUAGGCGGUGCCACGUACUCCUGGCCCUGGCCUCCCACGUCGACUCUAUGCCACCCUCGUCUCCACACUACACGCACUUACGCGCUUACGUUGUCGACACUUUUGCGUCCAUCCUCAAACCACCAUCUACUAUCACCACCACCACCUCAUUCAACCUCCCGAGUAGCCACGAGAAGGCCAUGGAACGACGGCGGCGGCGGCAACUUGGCUGGACCAUUCCAAACGAUGCCAUGGGUAUCUUCAUGGCGAGUAUCACCAGCGUGCACAUGUGGGCCGACGUGUUUGCCAUUUGCGUGGCGGACGAUUCAUGUCAAAGCUACUGGGUGCACGCGCUGGCGUCGGAGCGAUCGGCAUUGAAGCAGCUGGUCACGGACGUGCUGCUGCUUUGGAUCACAUUGGGCACAACCCGCGGGUUCCAUCUCGCCGUGUGCGUGUCGAGUGACUUGCAAUCGAUUGAAAGCGCAACCGCGCAGGACUUUAGCGACUUCCUCAUCCAGUUCGACCGCCUCGAGCUGCUCGUGUCCUACUUGGGCGACCCAGUGGCGGCGCAGUCGCUGCCUCCCCGCCGCCGGGUAUUCGUCCUCCACGUGGUGGACUUGUGCCUCGUGCACGCCGACCCGGACACGACCGCGCACUUGAUGGCGGGCGUGGUCGUGAUGGGGCGGACGUUGGCCGCGUCCCCGCUGAUUGCGCACUCGAGCUCCGUCGUCACGACCUUUCUCGCGCACUUGGAGUCGCCCCACCACACUCUGGACGACACGUACCAGUUCUAUGCCCAUUGCAAAGGCCAAGACGACCAGUUUUGCGACAACAUUUACUACAGCGUGGUGUUGGCCGAGGCGUGGAAACCCACGUUUUCACCAGAGUCUCGGCACCAAUGGCACUUUUUACUGACGUGCUUGGCGUGGUGGGCGAACUGUACGACGUCGCGAGGUCGUACAACCAACAUUCUGUGUCCAUGGACGUUUGAUCCAGUACCCGACGCAUUGCUCGAGUACGUGACGCCGACACCGACUCGGCCGUUCUCGUCGCUGAGACUCGAAAUGCUCGUGAGACGGUACCUUGAAGGCAGCGGGCAGCCGAACCUGGCGCACCUCUCGCAAGUGCUGGCCACGACCAUGAUCGAGCACGACACAAUGCGCCAUGACGUGGCAGCCGUGUGGCGACGGUUCUCGAAAUGGAUGGUCGUGAACGCAUGUGUUCCUUCGCUGCAGACGGCGCUGCUUCAAGAGGGGGGGGUCCGCCGCGCCUUCUUUCUGCCGUCCGUGUGCCCGGACCUGAGUCUUUCCACCCUCUUCAACCAUCCGCGCCUCUGCAGUCGCCUGGUGCACUUGGCCGCCACCGAUCCAGCGACUCACGACGACCUCCGAGCGUUCUUGGAUAUUCCCAACAACCUCGUCUUCGCAGGGGUGGUGUCGAUGAUUCUGGACCUCGUCGCAGAUCUUCAGGACCUGGACGCGUGGAAGGACCUGUGGCAUCGACAACGUUCAUGGCAGUUCGACCACGCCCCGAGUUUGCCGUUUGGCCACGUGUCAUGUUUUGGGUUUGUCGUUGGCUCCUGCGAUACUGUGUACACAUUGACGCCUGUGACAGGAGGCGGGUGGACCAGGACGGUGCUACCCACGACAGCCCCACGAUCUGAACCAACUCUGAGGUUUGACUUUGCCAGUUGGUUGCUCGUGAUGGCUCACUUGACCGAAGACUCGACGCACCAACAGAGUGCACUGCACUUGGUCACCAGCGUGUACUUGCCCGUGCAAUUUCGGGGCUGCCGACUCGACUUGCUCCGAGAGUUUGUGUUUGUGGUGGCCACCACUGACGCGCCCCUGCCACCCUGGCUCACGGCCACCCUAUUCAGCAUUCCGUUCCCAUCAUCCUUCUCCACUUGGUUACGGGAAACUCUCCAGCACUUAGUGAAUCGCCUUGAAGCGUCCGCCCAUGACAAAAUAGACGUUCUGUCUGCAGCGCUGGUCAAGGCUUUCGAGAACGCCUCGCUACUGGAGCGAGCGACUGGCGCGAUGAUGCAGCAGGCCUGUGAACCGAUUUGGGGCAGUUUAUGGCACUCCCACGCUGUGUUUCGCUCGUCAGAGGUUGCGCCGUAUGUGAUAGCGCUGAUGGCUGGACAGUAUUGCCUGUCCCCAGACAAGCCCACCAUAUUGCUGCAACUGCAAGCCACUUUGUCGCACACGAAGGACUUUAUGAGCAACAUUGUAGAGAUGUGUCCAAAUGUGAUUGAAAAGGUCGAGCGAAGCUGGAUGUACUUGUACCCCACCGAGUGCCUCGACGUGCGACGCAUGUUGGAACGUCUGCGGAACACCCCGCCCCAGUAGCGAAGUAUAUAUAUGUAACAAGGUUGUUUCAAAUCCACA